AUGCUUCCUGACAAAGAUGGUCCAGCUCUGGGCAGUGGGAGCAGCUGUUCCUCUGAGGGAGAGGACCCCUCAGUCAGUCUGUUCAGACAGUACCUCCGCCUCAAGACUGUGCACCCAGAGCCGGACUAUGAUGUGGCGCUUAAGUUUCUGGACAGAAUUUCCAAAGAACUGGACCUGCCCAUAAAGAAGAUAGAGGUAUUUCCUGGCAGGGUGGUGACUAUCAUGACCUGGGAGGGAACCAACCCCAAACUGAAGUCCAUUUUACUAAACUCCCACACAGAUGUGGUCCCUGUUUUCCCGGAACAUUGGAAAUAUGAUGCUUUCAGUGCUUUCAAAGAUGCAGAGGGCAACAUUUAUGCCCGUGGAUCACAGGACAUGAAAUGUGUGACUAUACAAUACAUUGAAGCUAUCAGAAAACUAAAGGCCCAGGGACAUAAAUUAACACGCACUGUGCACUUGAUGUUUGUUCCUGAUGAAGAAGUUGGGGGCCAUAAAGGGAUGGAAACAUUUGUGAACCAUGAAGAGUUUCACAAAUUAAAUAUUGGCUUUGCACUCGACGAGGGUCUUGCUAACCCCACAGAGGCCUUCACUGUUUUCUAUGGAGAAAGAAACCCUUGGUGGAUUACAAUCCACUGUCCAGGGAGUCCUGGGCAUGGCUCAAGAUUUGUGGAAAACACAGCAGCUGAGAAACUUCAUCAGAUCAUAAACUCCUUCUUGGGCUUUAGAGAAAAAGAGAAACACAGGCUGAACACCAGUGAGUGCCUUACUCUGGGGGAUGUGACCACUGUGAAUAUGACCAUGGUUAAAGGGGGCGUGGCCUACAAUGUGAUCCCGGCCGAAAUGGACGUUAGUUUUGACCUGAGGAUCCCUCCUACUGUGAAUCUUCAGGAGUUUGAAUGUCAAAUCAAAAAUUGGUGUAAAGAAGCAGGAGAUGACGUCACCUAUACUUUUGCCCAGAUUGGCCUCCCGGCCAUUGGCUUUUCUCCGAUGAACCGUACUCCAAUCCUACUGCACGACCACAACGAGUUCCUGAAUGAGCGGGUGUUCCUUCACGGUAUAAUUAUCUACCAGAGGAUCAUCCCGGCGCUGGCCUCUGUACCUCCUCUGCCGGAAGAAAAAGUGUGGGAGCAGGAGAGGAGCCUCUGCAGUGUCUUGGCAGCUGCAUUAGUGCAUCUACAGCAUCUACAGCAUCAGCUACAGCGUCUUCGGCGGCUAUGCCGUAUCCUCGUGCGCUGCGUGCCUCCUCCGCGUCCACUUGACAUCACGCACAGAUAUGAAAUCUCCCCGGCACUGAGGCUCGUCCACACAGCAGCUUUGAAGUCACACCAGCCGGGCACCGCGGUCCCAGGCGCUCCGUUCACACCCCGAGAGCCCAUGAUCUUUCUUCUCAGCAGCGCGCCUUGGCCCGGAGCAGAGGGGCUCCUGUUCCCCCAACAUUACACGGUGAUGCACUGGGCCACGCGUAUCGAGCAGGAGAUAGACCGGGUUUUUCAGCAGAUCACUGGAGCACAGCAGCUCAAAGGGAUUUAUAAUGAAGAAAGGAGGCAGUUCAGUGUGAUAAAGAAUCAGCCCAGAAAAAUUGUGGAGAACGUGGCAAUGGACAUUGAAAAACUUCUGGCAAAAAAACGUAAAGCUUUGGAUAGGUUAGCCAGCGAAGCAGAGCGGCUACAGCGGGAGCAUCUGUGGAAGGACAGCAUCAAGGAGCUGGACAUGGCGUACUAUGACUCAAAGGCAGAGCUGGAUUACUAUUCCAUGGAUGGAGAAGGAGAAGUGGAAAACCCCUCCCACAUCAAGCUGGAGUUUGUGUAUGACCCAAAUUUCAAAAACAAUGUCAACUACUCCUACACAGCGGUGCAGAUCCCCACCGACAUCUAUAAAGGAGCACCAGUGAUUUUAAACGAGUUGAACUGGACUCAAGCUUUGGAGAAAGUCUUUAUGGAGAACAGUCGAGAAGAUCCAUCUUUGCUGUGGCAGGCUUUUGGAAGUGCCACCGGAGUCACGCGAUACUAUCCAGCUUCUCCGUGGAAAGCCCCUGAUAAGAUUGACUUGUAUGACGUGAGGCGCAGACCCUGGUACAUCCAGGGCGCCUCGUCUCCCAAAGAUAUGGUUAUUCUUGUUGAUGUGAGUGGCAGUGUCAGUGGACUUACUCUGAAGCUGAUAAAAGCCUCUGUGAUGGAGAUGCUGGACACUUUGUCAGACGACGAUUACGUCAACGUGGCCAGGUUCAAUGAAAAAGCUGAAGCUGUGGUGCCUUGCUUCAAACAUCUGGUCCAAGCAAAUGUUCGGAAUAAAAAAAUAUUUAAAGAUGCGGUUCAACAGAUGCAAGCUAAAGGCACGACUGACUACAAAUCGGGGUUUCAUUUUGCCUUCAAUCAACUUUUGAAUAAAACUAAUGUCCCACGGGCAAAUUGCAAUAAGAUAAUCAUGUUAUUUACUGAUGGAGGAGAGGACCGGGCCCAGGACGUCUUCAUGCAAUACAACUGGCCGAACAAGACAGUUCGAGUAUUUACCUUUUCAGUCGGUCAGCAUAACUAUGAUGUCACACCUCUGCAGUGGAUUGCCUGCACUAAUAAAGGUUACUAUUUUGAGAUCCGCUCCAUCUGUGCGAUCAGGAUUAACACCCAGGAGUACCUGGAUGUGCUGGGGCGCCCCAUGGUCCUCGCCGGGAGCGACGCAAAGCAGGUUCAGUGGACCAACGUCUAUCAGGACGCACUGGGUCUUGGUUUGGUCGUGACAGGAACAUUACCAGUUUUCAACCUCACAAUGGAUGGAAACUCACAGAAUCAGCUGAUCUUGGGAGUGAUGGGAGUGGACGUUCAUCUGGAUGAGAUCAAGCGCCUGACCCCGCGGUACAAUCUGGGAGCAAAUGGAUACAUAUUUGCUAUUGAUCCAAAUGGUUACCUGCUGCUUCACCCCAAUCUCCGACCCAAACUUGUGAACCUCCCAGAGCCCGUCACGUUGGAUUUCCUCGAUGCUGAAGUGGAGGACAUCAACAAAGAAGAGAUUCGGAGACAGAUGAUUGAUGGACGUCCAGGAGAAAUGCAAAUCAAAACCCUUGUCAAGUCCAUUGAUGAGCAAUACAUUGAUGAUGUGUUCAGAAGCUACACCUGGGCUCCGAUAAAUGCCACAGAUUAUAGUUUGGGUUUGGUGCUGCCGUCUUACAAUGAAUAUUACAUCCAAGCAGACUUCAGUGAUGUGAUGCUGCAGCUUCAGUAUAUGCAGUCGUUGCUUCCCAGCUCGUAUGAGUCUUCAGGACACGUGUUUCUGGCUCCAAGGGAAUACUGCAAACGUCUGCAUCUGUCCGACAACAACACACAGUUUCUACAGAACUUCCUCUCUCUCAUCAUCGACAUCUCGCCUCAAUCAGACGAGUGCGACCAGUACCUGAUCCAUAACCUGAUCCUGGACUCUCGGAUCAUUGGGGAGCUGGCGUCUCGCGUGUGGAAAAACAAAGACCUUGCCUCUUAUGGAUUUUUAGCAGUGUUUGCAUCCACAGACGGAGGAAUAACACGGGUGUUUCCCAAUAUGGCUGCCGACAUGUGGGAUGAGGAUCCUGAGCCGUUCAAUUCAAAUUACUACAGAAGAAGCCUCGACAACAAGGGCUACAUGUUCAGGGCCCCACAACGUUCAGUGUUGGAUGACCUCAUGGGUAGAGAAAAUGACACAGUUGGAAUCCUGGUCAGCUCUGCCAUAGAGGUGAAUUUAGGAGGCAAAAUUCUAAAACCUGCAGUGGUGGGAGUGAAGCUAGACAUGGAAGCCUGGGUGGAUAAGUUCAAGAUCUUAGCGAGUAAUGUGUCUGACGGGCGCUCACACAAGUGUGGACCAUCCAGGAUCUGUGAGAUGGACUGCGAAGCCAACACUGACGAUCUGCUCUGUUAUCUCAUUGAUGAUGGAGGCUUUCUGGUCAUGUCUAAUCAGAGAGACCAUUGGAAAAAGAUGGGGCUUUUCUUUGGAGAGGUGGACCCUUUUCUGAUGUACGCUCUCUUCAACAACUCCAUCUACUUCCGGAGGCAGUCCUUUCAGUAUCAGUCUGCCUGCGAGCCCAUCAGCAGCAGCCACACGGGGGCAGCACCGAGGCGAUUCUUUGUGCCGUCGGUGGCAGACCUGCUGAGCCUGGCCUGGUGGACGUCCACAUUGGCGUGGUCUGUGAUGCAGCAGCUCUUAUAUGGACUGGCCUACCACAGCUGGCUUCAUCACGACGACUUGCUGGUGGAUGGAUUUGAGACGAAGGCCAGCAGCUGUGUGACCAUCCAGAGCCAGUUCCACUUCACCAACACCACCAACAUGUACAACGUGCUGCAGGACUGUGGCAACUGCUCCCGGUUGAUCCAUGCCAAAAGAAUAGAAAACACCAACCUGCUGUUCGUGGUGGCCGAGACCCUUCCCUGCACGUCAUGUGAGAUCGAGAGGUUAACGCAGGUCCGCACCGAGUUCCGCGAAGAAAAUCCAUGUGAAGUCCUGAGCAACGCACGCUAUCGAAAAGGCCCCACGUCCUGCUUUGACUACAGUGCCUUAGAAAACACAUCUGAGUGUGGGAGGGGCCAUUUUCUGACACCCUGCUUAGAACUCCUGUUGUUUCAGCUCACUCUGCCUCUCUUCUAUCUCAGACUAUAA